CUCAGUGUUGGGGGUGCUGGCAGCAGCCCCUCAGGCUCUGGUUCCCUGCCACCCCCCAACUCCAGUGAGCAAAUGAGCAAGGCUCCCAGGCGCCCGACUCACGGGACCCUGCCACCUAUGGCUGGGGGGGGGGAGCCCCUUCGUGCAGAAGCUGCGUUGGUCGGCGUGUGCCAUCCAUGGGCUCCUUGGGACAGACUGCACAGCUCCCCCCCGCCCUGCCCUGCUGCGGCUCGCUCCCUGCUCCUGGAGUCAGGGACGGAUCAGAACAAUGGGUGGAGAGCAGGAAACACUGCAUGGGAAACAGGAUUUUGCCUUGCUGCGGCCCCCUGGCCCCCCCCACCCCACCCCAGUCCAUCCCACAGUCACCAUGCAGGCACGGCUUCUCCAGCUCCAGCUGCCUCCUGGCCCGAUGGGCUCAUAGGAGACAGCAGCACCCCCAUGCCGCAGCAGGCUGCCAGCUCCCCGCGUGAGGAGAGAUGGCCAUGGGUGCAGCAGCGCUGGGGCGGCCCUGAGGCAUAGGGGAUCCCAGACGGGCUGUGCCAGCCCUCACGGGCCAGGGACAGGACCCAGCUCCUUGAGCAGUGCCACAGCCGAGACCAGGCCAGCUCGCUUCCUUCCAAGGGCCUCCCGCUCGUCCAGCUUCCACUGCAGCAGAGCAGUGGCGCCUGGGGAAUCCGCGGAGCAGGGACGGGAAACCUCGCCCCAUUUCCUUUCUACUCACCCACCCUGACCACGGCGAGGAGGAGAGAUGAGCAUGCCUGGAAAAGUGCGGGCGAGGAGGGCCUGGCACUAAAGGAGCCAAGCAGGCAGGGGCCUCCCCCCAUCCAGCCAGUGCCACCCCCGAGACUGGGCAUGCCUGGACCUCUCUGACACCGGACAGGGCCAGGCUGUGCUGCGUGGCCAUGGGGCUCCGGAUCUACCUCCUCCUCCUCCUCUUCCACCUCCUGGGGCUAGCAGGUGCCAUCCUGGACAUCACGCUGGUGGCCAACGUGCAGAGCCCAUCCCACAACGGCUUCUACCUCUCCUGCGUGAUGGGCGAGCGUAACGUGAACUCCCUGCAGAUUGAGCGGGACAACAAGGUCGUGAUGGCGCCGCCUGGGACACGAGUCCAGAACUACCGCAACCGCAGCAGCGAGGUCCAGGCCCGAGGCUUCUCCGUAGCCAACCUGGUCGGCAUCCUGUACUGCCUGGGCAAGACCCCCACCGAGCAAGGCCAGGUGAUCUAUGUGCACAACAGUCACUAUGCCCCCCUGUUCCCAGUAAGAGCCACGCAGUCUGUGAGCAUCGCCGAGUCGGCCACCUUCACUGCCAAGGUCAUCAGC